UUCUUGCAACCUUUUUUGGGUUUUUACUUUUUCAGCUCACGGUUAGUUGGUCCAUUGUUCCCGUUGAUUUUGGUGUUCGGUAGUUGAACUGAUGCUACCUGUCCUUACAAGUUUUUAAGUUUACUGCAGAGAUUCUUGCAUUACUGGUUCAGCGUUGUUGCCGAGUAUACGAGUAUGGUUUGUAGGUCGUGGCUGUGAGAAGUUGGGUUCUUGGAGUUUACCAUACAUCAAGUUCUUACCGUUUCGAUUUCCUUUCCAUGAAUAUGGAUAACGCGCUCGCGGGAAGUGCCGUGGUCUUCUGGCAGUUGCCAGCGGAGUUCCUGCAUCCUUGCCAAGUUUCCGUCGUGUCACUGGCCAGUCUGAAGCCGGUUAAGGCUGAGGAUGUCAUCAUCGAGCGCACCUACUGUAUGGGCCAGUAUGGGAGCAACAGUACAGAAUUUCCCUGCAUCGUUAUGCAUGUGGAUAAAGUCCGAAAUCGGCAAGAGUUGCGGAAACGUUUCACGGAGGAAAUUGAGGAGUGGUACGCCGAGAUCGGACAACAGUGGAGUGCUGAACGGGAAGCACCGAUCCAACCGCCGGUGCAGGUUGACGCUCCUAAGUCUAAUAGCGUAACUCGCAAUGCGUUGGGUAUGGUCAAUGGUCCAGUUGUCGUGCAGGGAUCAGCGACGGUUAGUAAUAACACCCCUCGCGCGUGCUUGAAAGCCAGUAUCAAGUACCGACCUCGGGCUCAGACGGUGCUUCCGGCCGUAAAAAAUGCUCGUCAACAACGUCCGCUCUCGGUGGAUGGACGGGGUUUUUCUCCGGAGAUCAAUACACAGCCCAAGAUUGGCAAAUUUAACAGCCUGUGGGGUUCUUCUGGAUCACGAUCUGGGGGACCGAUGCGGAAAAUUCGUAAGGCUAAGAUGGGCCUGAACUACUCGGAAUUGAACUCUGGAGCAAGGGUUGAAAAGCAUCGGGGACGAAUUUCUGUCUUCGAAUUGUCACAUGUUCCACCAACCGCGACCUGUAAUUCGGCUGUUGGCGCUGACCUGGCGUCGUUGCAGCAAGCCAUCAACGCCUGCGCUAAUUGGCGCAUCGGUUUCAAACAGAUUUUACGCAGGUUGUUCACUGCUGCUGAACUGCGACCGGAUGGAACAACUCAGAGUGUUGACAGGAAUCGAUUGAAACUCGCGUUGGCAUUAGUGCGGGAUUACUGCAAGAUGUACGGCACUGCUUUACCCAAGAACAGCGACUUAUACAGGUGUUUUUACUACACCAAGACUCAUUAUCACCGUGAAGACAAAGUGGAGGAAGGAGCCGACGCGGACGAGGAGGAAUCCAGAAUGUAAACAGGAAAUACAGUAUUUCGAAUUGACUCCAAAGUAGUAGUGUUGUUCCUAUUAUAUUUGCGUGACAUGUAUUUUUAUUUUAACCUUUGGGCACUUCGUACAAUUAGUAUAACACUAUCUCUAGUUAUUACAUGCUCAACGGUCUGAUGGCAUUAUGUGCAGUUGUAAAAGCGAUCAAAUCCUUUUUGUUAUUCUUUGCUGGUAGUCAUGCGCGUUGUUUCCGCUCGGGAAUUCGUUUGUUGUUGAUAAUGCAUCUGGAGUGUACUUGUAGAUUUCACUUUUGCAAUUUCGCCAAUUUGGAGAACGGUAUUUCAAACUGAGCGCGCGCUGUUUGGUUUGUUUGCUACUGAAAUGAGAAUAAAAUUUGUAUUUUUCCGAA